AUGGUGUGGAAGAAAUGGAAUCGAGCGUAUCUACAGACGGGGGAUGACUCGGCGGUGGUCCUCAUGCUGGUGCACCCCGUGCCGGGCAAGGUCGGGACCUGGACGGUGGUCGACCCCGCCAAGCGAGUUCAGCUUCAGGACCUCCGGUCUCAGAGGAUCCAUGCGAAGCCGAAGGCCAGGUGGCAGCUGGCGCCCUUCGAUGGGCUCACGGCUGAGCAGAAGGAGAAGGCAGAGGCGGACUCGGUGAAGCUGAUCAGGAGGACCGCGGGCGACUCGUGGUUUUCGAUUCCCACGAGCUUGACCAAGCCCCAGAAGGAGAAGAGCAAGCCCAAGGGAAAGGGGUCCUCGAAAGGAAAAGGGUCUAGCAAGUCCAACUUCGUGCGGUGGCUCGCGCAGACCGUGGUGACCGUCGGCGGGGCCGUCUGGAGCUACAAGUUCGUUGGGACCUUCGGCCUGGGGUGCUUGCUCAGCUACAAGGCCUGGAAGUUCUUCGGGACUGAGGAGCUGAUCGACGACAGCAUGAAUGCACUGAGGUCGGCUUCAGAGACUGCUGAGAGGGCGACUGACACUUAUGACAAUUUUGUUGAGCGCUGGGAAGAGGGAGGUUUUGAUUCGAUGAUCCUUGGCGGCCUGGCGGUGGCCUUCGUCGCCAUGUUGGUCUACUCCCUCGGAGGUUGUGACGUGAAGAAGAAGCGCUUCAACGGAGAGGGCUUCGUCACCGAUUCUGACAGUGAGGGCUCUGUUGACCUCGGCACGGCUGCUUCGGACACCGAUGAUGACGAUGGGCUCAUGAGGCACCCUGGCAUGCGUAUGCUUCUAGAACAACAGGCGGAGCUUCAGAGCCAGAUCGCGAGGCUGUCGGCUAAGAAGACGAGUGACAGCGGUGACGAGGGCGACGCGAAGUUCACGGCCGCGCAGGAGGACGAGUCUGUCAAGAAGGGUAUCGACAAGCUGAUGGCGAGGCUGAUGGCGCAUGAGAAACAGGUCUCGGACGAUCAGGGUGGCGCUGGCGGGGCGGUGCGAGGUAAGGUGGUGUCAUCACUGGACGGGCAGAGCACCUCGGCAGUGAAGAAUUUAGUCUUGCAGGGUCAGCCUGGGAAGUCGGUCGACCACUACAUCCAGGAGCUGGAGCAGGAGGCCCGCGAUCCGCGGGCCGCCAUGUUGUCCCAGCUGAAGCAGUAUGAGACCGCGGACUGGAGCAUUGGCCCGUCGCAGUCUCGGAUCGCUCCCAUGGUCCUGGCCAGGAUGUAUAAGUUCGGGACGAGCGCCAAGUUCCAGGUCCAGCAGUAUGUUCGGUCGAAGGAGCUGGAGUCAUGCCAUGCUGCAAGCGAGAUGGCGCUGAUGGCCGCCAUCCUGGACAGGAUGUUGAAUGCCGACCAGGACAUGGUCAACAGCCAGGCGGUCGAGGUCAUCUGCAGGCGCCUGUACGGUCUCUUCCGUGCGUUCGAGGAUGUGAAGAAGCAGAGUGAUUGGAAGCAACCACGCGGUGAAGGUGGGAAACGCUGGAAGAGCAAGGUGCGGUGGGAGCUAGCAGACGAGUACGACGCGGUCGCGCUUGAGAGCGACGACUGGGCCAUCACAGACGCCGGCGAGGAGGUUCGCAAGCGCCUGGAGCGGAAGGCUUUGUUCAACAAGUACCUUGACAAGGCCUUCCCCGACGGUGGCAAAGACAGCUCCGACGCGGAGCGUCGCCGCCUUUGCUUUGUGCUCUUCAAGUACCUGUUCAAGUUCGUGAUCUUGGUAGCGGUCCUGAGCGACCUCUUCUGCGGCUUCGGCGUGGGCUCUGUGCACAAAGUUUUUCAGCCUGCCGAAGUCGGUGGCCCUUGUCGUCGGGAGCGUGUGCUUCGGGAUGACCCUGGGUUCAACGCGGAGGCCCGCAGCGCGGACAUCAGCUUGACGAUCAAGAGGGUCAACAGGUCGGUGAACGCCAUCUCGUACAUGUACCGCGGGGUGCUGGACGGGAGGGAAGUGGUGCGGGACCUCUGGAGUCGCUGGCGGGCCCGAGCAUCGUGGGGAAGUCUCGCCGACGGAGCGCCAGUCUUAAAGCAGCUGGCGUCGCGGGCCGUCGGAUGGUAUCAGGCGAAGGAGAAGGAGGGAGCGGCCGCGGGGCCGCAGCGUGGCGACAUGUGCCCUAUGAAGGCCAGCGAGGUGUCCCUCCCGCCGCCGGGGUCAGUGCCGAUCCCGAUCGAGACCAUGUCGCCGUCGAGUCGCCCGUACCUGAGGGAGCCGAUAAGGACGAUGGUGCUCGGCGACCACGAGGUAGACUGGGCGGCUUACGACAUGAUCAAGCCGUACAGCGACCCCAGCCUGAAGCAGAAGCAGGUGAAGCUGGAGCUGCUGGAGAGGCUGGCCGAGUCAGGUAUGCUCGGGAUGUGCGACGAGGUGGUGGAGGAGGUAAAGGUUUUCACAGUCCUGAAGAAGAUCGACGAGAAGACGGGGCAGCGGAGCUCGAGGCUGAUUUGGGACAUGAGGAGGUCCAACAUGAGGUUCCGGAGUCCGCCCUGGGUUGCCAUGGGCUCGGCUGCGGCCCUUUGCGGGGUCGACUUGAGUUCGAGUGUGUGUGGAGACUUGGAGGUGACCAGCUUCGUCGGGGAUGUGCCGGACUGCUUCUACAAGCUGCUCUUGCCGGAGGGGCCGUGGGGCCACUUCGGCUUCGAGGGCGUGUCUGGAGAGGAGUUGCGGGCGCACCUGCAGAAGCGAGGACGGCAGGACCUAGUCGAGCAACUCGGAGGUGGAGUUCGAGUUUGUUUGCGGGUGCUCCCCAUGGGCUUCUCGUGGGCGGUCUUCUUUGCCCACUCGGCUCUGCAGGACGUGAUGGAGGGCGACGGCGGGCUGAGCGUGGCAGGGGGGUUCUAUCGCGAGUCGCUCUUGCGCUGGAUCUUCAUCGACGACUAUGCGGGGCUCCGUCUCGAGCCCAAGGAUGUCGCGGUGGAGCAGCUUCAGGUGAAGAAGGACGGAGCGAGGGCCAGGCUGGCCCUGGAGGCGGUCGGGCUGUCAGCUCACAAGGAGGACGUCUUGCAGGUGGUGGAGGAGAAGAUCCGCGUGGCGGUGCUGGCUACGGAGGCGCUGCUGAAGCAGGACCGGGCCGUCCCCGCGGCGGUCGAGUCGCUGAUGGGUCUCUGGGCAUGGAUCUUCACCUGUGCGAGGGGGGCCAUGAGUGCGCCUCACCAUGUUUACAGGUGGAUCCAGGAGUACCGAGGCGAGCAGGAGGCCCCCCUGUGGGCCGAGGUCCUCGACGAGUUCUUUGUCAUGGUCUCCUUGUCGGUCUACUACGGGACCUUCCUGGGGUCCGAAUGGCACGAGUGGAUCUUCAUGACGGACGCGAGCCACCUGGGUUUCGGUAUCGUGGCGAGCCGCUCGGACGUGAACGAGAUGAGGGCCCUCUGCGAGGCAGGCGACGAGCAGGGAUGGUCGACGCAGCUUCACGAGGCCUACUCGGGAGUGGAGGAGGACGAGCUCGACUACGUCACCCCGACCUGGCAGCAUCAGCCCUGGGAGAUCGAGCAGGGGGCCCGCUACGACCUGGGGGACUUGGCGAACCUGGGGAGGCUCUUCGUCGACCUGGCCAGGGGCGUCUACUGGCUUGUGCGUCUGGCCCCGCCCUGCGCCACGUGGUCGCGGGCGCGCGUGCCCAAGCUGCGGAGCGCGACGGAGAUCUGGGGCCGCUCGGGUCUCUGCGAGGCCGAGCGGGAGCAGGCGGACAACGGCACCUACCUGAUGAUGAUAGCGGUGGAGGUGAUGCUGGAGUGCAUCAAGCGGAACGUGGGGUUCAGCAUGGGUGUGCACCUGAUCUACCUGGACUUGUGCAUGUUCGGGACCGAGUGGAGGAAGCCGACCAGGGUGCUCACCAACGUCGCGGAGUUGAGGAGGCUCG